GAUAGAUUCAUGAGCGUGUGUUUGAGACGGGCGUUCGUCGUGACGCAACGCGGCGGCUGGACAUUGCUGGGCGGCCAAUAAGCUGUCUCUGAGUGGGAAGUGUGGGCUGGCCUAGUCUUAAAGGAAGGCACUCCAGCUUCCGAGAGUUGUGCUAAGCCUAUACCGUGUAAUGGACUUGCUCGCCCGCUCUUAACACUGCAUCAAUACUAUCACAUAGACCGGGGGCGGCCGUGCUAAACAACCCAGCUUGGGUGCCUUGCUCAGUGACGGAACGAUAGGGCUUGAACGAACCUUGUAAGAGCUGGGCUGGCACAAUUUAUGAAAUAAAGUUGGAAAAAAAUUAAAGACGGUUUAGGCAGUUCUGUGAUAGCGAACAAGGAGUUUAAGUGAAAAGACAGUAAAGAUCAAAGAAACUUGAUUACAGGUAUGGAUUCCCAGCAUUCGUGGUGCAUCUCCUUCACAGCAUUGAUCUACCUGGCGCUCCUACUUCAACCUGCAACAGGGAAAUGCGUUGGAAAAUGGGCGAUACAUUCAUGUUUUGGAGGCAAUGGAAAAAGGUCGGACCCAAGCAUCGCCCAGACAAUAGAUACCCAGAAACAGAGCAACUUGUUAAGGCAGCUUCUUUUACGUGAACGGUUUCCUCCCUCCGUUGGAUUAGAUAUGAACGAAGAACAGGAUCGAGAUGAGUCCGACUUAAACAGUUUUCAGGAUGACUUACCACAGAGACCCUCCGCGGAGAGACAGAGCGAUAUUGAUAGACUUAACAUCAUGUUGAGGACUUUGAUGCUUCAAAGAAAGCUACGACUGGCCGCUGAGAGGCUUGCCUAGGGCCAGAAUCUCGCCAACCAAGAGCACAGCGUCACGAAAUCUCGGUCCGUUUCAAAAGCAAGUGCACUUUUUGAAAGAAAACGAUGAUGCCUAUUAACAGCUGAAGUCGAACGGAUUUGAAAAUCAAUACUCCAUUUCAUUAUAACUACUCACCAGUAACAACCUGACAAGCCGAAUCUUACAAACUUUAAAAGUCAGAUUUGAACAAUAUUCCGUGACUGAUUUUCGAACUCGACCAUCAUGCGAACUUUCAGAAAGGUUCAUCAAGGGAAAUUAGAAUGUGCGUUUGAUUUAAUCAUCAAUUAUUACAAUAUGAAGAGUCUCUAACAUAGCUACACGUGUUCUCGCUGGGUAUUCAAAUGAGCGAUCAAAGGAUUCUCCAAGGAAGCGCCAUUGACAAGACAGGAUGAGUAUGGCUAAUGCCGGAUAUGAGGACACAAUUACAACACGAAGCGGGGGCCACCUAUUUGAUGUUGCAACAUUCGUCAUGUCAUUUACCUUCACAGAAAGAUUUAUGAACUAUUUUCAGGUCGUUUCUUGACGUUAUUACCUCUAGAGGUGGACAUUUUGAACAAAACGGAACUGAUACACAGGAAGAUUGGUAAUUCUGAACAACGUUUCCAGAAGGAUACAUUUGAUUCGAAAUCUUUUUCUUUAAAAGUUUUUAUUCCCAAAUCAGGGAUCUGCAUGUAAAAGCAAGUCAUUACAAUAUUGUUUUCCGUUUCUAAUUUUAAUAAUCGAAGAAAAGAUUGCAUUGAUAACAGAAGAAUGGAAAUAUUGUAGUAAUGCUGUUGUAGGUUGACACGAUGUUAUACUGCUUAUAUUCCAUAUAAAAUAUGAAACAUUACAUAGGUGUAUGUGCAUAUUGUAUAAAAAUGGAUUUUAUUCAUUGAUCCAAAAGUUUGGAAGAGAAAGGAAAUCUCAAGAAGCUGCUAACCCAACGGAGACAUGAGAGGAGAAGAAAGAAUGUGCCUCCUCUCUUACAUAAACUUUAUUCAUACUUAAAGGAAUUCAGACACUACCUGCAUUGCUCUCUUUGGUACAAUGUUCCAUUCCGAUUCCAAAGCUGUUAAUUCCUACAGGUUCCUACUUAAAGGAAUUCAGACACUACCUGCAUGGCUCUCUUUGGUACAAUGUUCCAUUCCGAUUCCAGAACUAUUAAUUCCUACAGGUUCCUACUUAAAGGAAUUCAGACACUACCUUCAUGGCUCUCUUUGGUACAAUGUUCCAUUCCGAUUCCAAAGCUAUUAAUUCCUACAGGUUCCUACUUAAAGGAAUUCAGACACUACCUGCAUUGCUCUCUUUGGUACCAUGUUCCAUUCCGAUUCCAAAACUAUUAAUUCCUACCAGUUUGUAUGGCGUGCUGUGAGGUUUUUCUAUUGCCUUUGUUUCAAAUGGUCACAUGUGACAGCAUGUUCUGUAUUCUCGCCUGUAAACAUGUAUUCAAGUGACGAUAUCAGGGUAGAAGAAGUGGCUAUUUUAUAUGUCAUUAUACCCACGCUGUUCUUUGUGUAAAGGCUGCAAUGAUGUGAUAUAGGUUUAACUGUCACUUGAAUGACUGUUUAUACAUGUCCUUGUGGCAGAUCGUGUAUGGAUAACGUUGAAAGAUGAAAUAAACAGUUCAUCUAUGAGACGGAUCGAGCCAUGUGACGUCA